UGCCCUGGUAACGUUUGACGUCAGUCCCCCUGCUCUGUCCGUGCCUUGGACUAGUAUGAUUGGAGGGAAACCCCGUGGACUGCAUUCAGACAGACGAGCUGAGAGAAUCAGCUGUAGCUUGGCACGCCGAAAUCACUGCUAACUGCCAGUACUCAGUGAGCAAUCAUGAGCGAGGCAUCCCAGAAGGAACUGGUGCAAAAAGCCAAACUGGCUGAACAGGCUGAGCGUUAUGAUGACAUGGCUGCUGCAAUGAAGGCUGUGACGGAGGAAGGCAAUGAUCUGACGAACGAGGAGCGCAACCUGCUGUCGGUGGCCUACAAGAACGUGGUGGGGGCCCGCCGCUCCUCGUGGCGUGUGGUGUCCAGCAUCGAGCAGAAGUCCGAGAGCAGCGAAAGGAAGAAGGCCAUGGCCAAAGAGUGCAAGGAAACCAUUGAGAAAGAGCUAAAAGAUAUCUGCCAGGACGUGCUGCGUCUCUUGGACGACUUUCUCAUUUGUAAUGCCACUAAACCAGAGAGCAAAGUAUUCUAUUCUAAAAUGAAAGGAGAUUACUACCGCUACUUGGCUGAGGUAGCUAAAGGAGAUGAGAGGGAAUCCAUCAUUACAAACUCAAAAGAUGCCUACAAAUCAGCCUAUGAAACCAGCCAAACUGAGAUGGCGCCCACACACCCAAUCCGUCUUGGUCUUGCUCUCAAUUUCUCCGUUUUCUACUAUGAGAUCCUCAACUCACCUGAAGAGGCCUGCAAGCUGGCUAAACAAGCUUUUGAUGAUGCCAUUGCUGAGCUUGAUACACUGAGUGAAGAUUCCUACAAAGACAGUACACUAAUCAUGCAGCUACUGAGAGACAACUUGACACUGUGGACCUCUGAUAACCAGGUUGACGUAGAUGAUCAAGAGGAACAACCAGUAGAAUGAGCCAGACCCCCAUAGUCAUCCCUGUCUACCUGCCAUCCUCCCGGUCCAUCUUCAUCAUGAUCAUCAACACUGAGACCACCACAUAAUCUCAUUGUCAUCCAAUUCUCCAUCUUUUUCUAUUUAGUUCUCUCAACACUCAUCUCAUUCCUCUCGGUUUACUAUUCCUUCUUUUGUAGUAACUGUGGGAAAGGGGAUGGGGAGGGAGGGUACGUUUGAAAUUGUGUGAUGGGAGGGUCCAUGUGGAAGCAUAAAGUGUGUUUGGGGUUGGUUGCUUGUCUGCUGACCUUUUAUUGUGUGUGGUGUGGGAGCAUUAGGGUUGAUGCAUUAUUGAGAUGGUGGGUGAGAGGGGAAGAUCUCAACUCAUGAAACAUGCAGCAGGUUGAGUUUUAAGAGUCAGAAAACAGUUAUACAGUACAGUGUGUAUCCUAUUCAUGUUAACGGUCCUGUUCUUGAUUUAACACCAUCUUUUGAUGAUACAUCUGUGGUUUCACAAAAUGAGGAGUUGGCUCCUUAGGAGACAGCAGCUGUACUAACGGGAGCAAUGACCGCAGAGGUAAAAACGGUGGAGGUGUAAUGGAGACGGAUGGCAAGGUUUCGUUGGAACACAAAGGUUACAUUCCAUAUACUGUCAGUUUCUCAACUUUCUACUCUUUAUUAUUUUGUUUUGUUUUCGGGUGACCUGCUUUUGUAUUUCUAUGUAUCAAUUACGAGGUAUAGAAAAAUUUGAAGAACAAAAAAGCACACAAGCUUGUUGUUUUUAUGAGCACAGCAGUUUAAAAAAGAAAAGAGAAAUCUUAUCUAGUUACUGCUUUUUCAAAUUAACAUUAUUUGAUUUGUCUUUUAUUCUUUUUUUCUUUCAAUACUUUCCUAAACUGCAUGUUGGUAAGAAGUAGUUUGUGGAGAUGUAAGGAUGGUUGUUGUCGGGCAGGCUAGCUUUGUUCAUGUCGUUUGAAUUUUCAUACAGAACACCCAAGCAUAACUGUUAUUUGGGGAAAUGUGUAAUUUCAUGUAAGUGGAAUAAAAAAAAAAAAAAUGUAAAAGCUUCAA